AUGGAGGCCGCUUGCGAAACCCCACAUUACAGUUUCUUUAGUACCCAGAUCAAUACAAUCACCCACGCUUCCAGUAUCCCGCAGCUGAAGUCGGCCUGUUCUGUCUUCGAGACCCUUUUAGAGACGGGUUUGCACAGUGGAUUGUGGUGGCUCCACGCCGCCUCGCCAUCCGACGAGGACAUCGAGAUACUGUCGCGCAUGUUGGAUAUCCACCCGCUGACCACCGAGGACAUCAAGGUCCGCGAGCCCCGAGAGAAAAUUGAGCUUUUUGGCCCCUACUAUUUAGUUUCCUUGCGGGCCCCACAGCAGCCUAAGAGAGCGACAGGAGUCCGGAUCUCGUCCGCCAAUGUCUACAGCAUUGUCUUCCGCGAAAGUAUUAUCACCUUUACAUAUGACAAUAGCCAGCAUCCUACUCAUGUGUGGAGCCGCAUAAAGGAGCAUGAGAGCCACUUAGCUUUGACUAGUGACUGGAUCUGCUACGCCCUCAUCGACGAUAUUGUGGAUGGGUUCGCUCCCUUAAUCGAUCGUAUCCAAACAGGCGUGGAGAUAAUAGAAGACGGUGUUUCUGUCACGCGGCCCGAAGACAUUGGACUAGCCCUCCGGAGCAUCUACAAUUAUCGCAAAGAUGUCACUCACAUCCGCCAACAUCUGCACGAGAAGACGGAUGUUGUCCGGUGUUUCGCCCGCCACUGCGGUAGCUUAGGGUCCACUCCCGGAGAGGUUGAACUAUACCUGGGCGACAUCCAGGAUCACGUCCUGACUAUGAUAGCCAACCUAAAUAUUGCAGAGCAGAUGUUGUCUCGGUCGCAGUCGAAGUAUCUUGCUCAGCUCUCAUUUGACUCCACUUGUACGCGAAAUCAAAUAGUGGACGCUCUUAGUCGGCUGACUGUUAUCGGGGCGAUCGUCGUCACGAUGCAGGUCAUUACCGGUCUCUUUGGUAUGAAUGUAGAGGUGCCUGGGCUGCAUGUGACCAGCUUGGCCUGGUGGUUUGGCAUCCUAGGGUUCAUUUUAGGGCUUAUCUUGCUUCUUCUAGUGAUCGCCAGAAGAACUCAGGUUAUUUAG